CUUGUUAUUUUUUCACUCGAACCCUAACUCUCACUUCCCUCCACGCUCUCUGACCUGAGCUCAUUCUCUCUCACUCUUGCCUCCUUCCUCUCAUGCUCUAUUUCCAUGGCUACUGUCUCUCCCUCAUUAACCACCUCCGUCCCCUCACCGGCGCCAUCGCCUCUGCGGGCAAGCUCUCUCCGGCCGCAAGCUGGUGCUUCUCGUCCAACAGAAGGCGGAGUGGCGGGAGAGGAAACGCGCCCGACGCAGUAAGCGACGAGAAUCAGGAUCCGACGGUGAAACCGAGUCGAGGUCCGAGAAGAAGAGAAUCAGAAAAAAGAGAGGAAAAUGGAGAGAAAAGAAGACGACCCAGUGAGCGAGGUUCUCAGAGAUCGAUUCAGCUCUCCACCAUCUCUAUCGCUGAUGCCGAAGGUUUGCUGCUUGUAUAAUAUUCGUGGGACUGAUGUUGAUUACGGUCCAGUUGUUCAUGCCUUUGCGAUAGUUACUCUGAACUCAGCUUUCUUCUAUGUAGACAAAAGGAAGGUUGAAUCUGAGCAAUUCAAGCCAAAUUAUACGGCACCACCUCCUCUAUUUCAUUACGGUGGUAUUCUAAUGAACUUCCGGGGGAAUUGGGAGAUUUCUAGAAGAGACUUGCAGAAUCCUGGAUUCCUAGCAAUGGUUACUACUGAUCUUGAGUACAUGAAUAACGACCUUGAUGAUGAAUAUUCAGCUCCCUCUUCAAGAAGCUUGCUAUGCUGCCGUAUAGUUGCUAUAACUUUUAUGGUUCUUCUGGUUUUACGCCAUAUGCUUCCAGUCAUAAUUAGUGGAGCUGGAGAGUACUCAUUGACACUGUUCACAGUUUCCUAACACCUAUUUGCUUGUUGGUGUUUGCAAUGAUGCUACCACUCACAAGUUUAAAGGGAAAACUGUUAUAUCAAUCACAUGAUGGCAAUAAAGAUGAUCAACCAAGCACAUGUUCGUAAGGGCAAAGCAUAGACGUCCUCAAGUUUGGUUCGAUUUCUGGUUCGAUUUCGAAUUCUUCAAGCUUGGAACAUGGAGGCGAUCUCAAUGAAGCCGUGAAUGCACAUUUUAGGGAAG